CACUCCCAUGAAGCAUCCUAAACUAGAAUCUUUCACUGUCUCCUUUCUCUUUCUGCUCCAUUGAGAGCCACUCUAGUUAAUUGCUUGCCACACCUCCACACAUCACAAUUACAACUUCUCAUAGCUAGUUCUCUUCCCUCUGUUCUUCUCUAUCUCUACACUCAAAAAGCAAGAUGAAGCAAGGAUUUGCAGCUUUGCUACUUGUGUGCCUUGUCCUCAGUUCCUCUGUGUUUGAAGUGUCAAUGGCUGCUUCUGGUGUGGUUAAGGAAUCAGGUUUCUGUGGCUCCAAGUGUGCACAGAGGUGCUCUAAAGCUGGGAUGCAGGACAGAUGCAUUAGGUUCUGUGGGAUCUGCUGCGGCAAGUGCAAGUGUGUGCCAUCUGGGACUUAUGGGAACAAGCAUGAAUGCCCUUGCUACAGGGACAUGAAGAACUCCAAGGGCAAGCCCAAGUGCCCUUAAUUAAUUCUUCUCCAUGCCUUCAAACUUUAAAAAGCCUUUGAUUCCCCUGUUAUUGCCCUGCAUGUAUCUCCACCUUAUGAUUAAGCUUUCCUUUGUUAUUAUAUAUGUUUAUGUAUUAUAUAUAGAGAGUGGGGAAAAAGUUGUCAUAGUAGUAGAGGGUAUAUCAUGUGAAUGAGAAUAAAUUGGGUUCAUCUGUGCCCUUAAUUAUGAUGUAUCUGGACUAAUCAUGAUUAAUGAUUUGCUAAUAAAAGUAUGAUACUUUGUCUCUCA